AUGAGUAGUAUUCAGGGGGUUGUGGAGCUGAUUGAGUCGCUUUAUUCGCCUCAUCCUCCGCCUAAUGUUAAUCAGAUACAACAACAACUCCAAACGAUACAGAAGUCACAAGAUGGUUUACGCUUGGCUAAUGAACUCUUGUUGCAUAACGAACUUUCCAAUAAUGUAAAAUAUUUUGGGGCUUUGACGUAUGCAGUUCAACUCAAUACAUCCGGCCAUGAUGACGACCUGUGGGAAUUAUUCAGAGGCAAUUUACUUCACCUAACAAGCAUUUCUCGUACCUAUGCAUCAGAUCCUUCUGCCAAUAGCUCCCUAUUGGUAAUAAUCAAGAAAUUAAUGUCUAACUUAGCCUUGAUUUUCUUUAAGGCGAAUGACCGACAACCAGAGGAGUCUUUUAACAGAUGGGAUAAUCCGAUCGAGACCUUUAUAAAUCUGUUCUCUUCUCCAGAACUCUCUUCUGAUAAAAUCGAUGGCUUACUGGCUGAUAUGUUGGUUGCUUCUGUGAAUUAUCAAAAUUUGAUCCAGUUUGUGGAAUCUUCUGAAGCCUUAAACUUGCUUAUUCUUCUAUUUAGCGAAGUUAUAGUUGAAGAUCUAACCAAAGCUCAAUCACAGAAGUUAAACUUGUCACAUUUGCAUAAAGUCGUGCACCAAAAUCUGUACAUAUCAGCGAUGUCAGUGAUUAAUCAUAACCUGGAGAAAAUGCUGUUUACGUAUGACCAAAACUCUAGUAGACCGACACUGACUGAAAAUGUGUUUCGGUGCGUGAAUGCAUGGAUCUCGUAUACAUCUAUUUCCAGAAAUCUGUCGGAAGGACGUAUGGAUUUGUCAGAGACCUUCGAAUUGCUAAUCAGAUUGAUGUGCACUUACAAACCCCCACAAAGCUUUCCAUAUUCAUCAACAGUUGUGGCAAUUUUUGGCGAUAUUUUUGCAAACGACCCAACCUUACUAAACUACGAAUUGCGUUCUUCCGUCGAGGGAUUAUUUCUAGGAGUUUCGCAAAAUUCAACCUCCGUAUCAGGUGGACACGAGUGGAUGUUGCAAUACAUGAACUAUUUGGUCACAAAUGAGAUCUAUGAAGAUUUAAAAGAUUUAGCUUUAUGCGUCGUAGAUUUUCUUCAAGUAAGCAACCUUAAUGUUUGCAACAAGUUGUUUACUUCAGUCCCUAAUUCAGACCAACGAAACCUUCAGCAAUACGUGAAAGUUUUAUUACAGAUGACUAAUUUUUCCUUGACUCCGGUAUUGGAGGAGUUUUUUUCUGUAAGAAUGGUGGAUUUCUGGUUAGAUCUUUGUGAUGGGUAUUCUAACUUGGUUCCAGAAACUCUGAAACCAGAAACACCUGAACUUGCUGCAGACAUAUUCGGACAAGUUAUUCAAAUAUAUUUGCCAAAAAUAAGCCUGUCAAACAAACAAAAAAUUCUUCAAAAUGACGAGGAAGAUUCCUUAAUUCAUGAAUUCGAUGAUUUUAGAGUUGCGGUUUUAGAUCUAGCAGAGUCUGCGUGGUCCGUACUGGGAAAUGAUAAAUUGACUGAUAAACUCAUUGCGAGUAUUGGAGAGAUCAAUCCAUCAUCCGGAGUUGAUUUAUUUCAGGUUGAAGCGCUAUCAUAUUUACUUCAAAAACUAUUAUCUGAUAUGACUUUGAGUGAGUGUCCGUGGAUGUGUGACACCUUGGGUUCCAGUUCUUUUUUUUUGCCAAACAUAUUGUUGCUUAUAAAGACUGGAUGCCAACAAGAAAACUCCAAUGGUAGCAAAGAGGCCCACAUUUUGAGCACUGAUUUCGUAAAGACAGGUACCUCUCUCAUUGGUACUAUAUCGGCAUUUCUCAAACAAGACAGCCAGAAACUUGGCGAAUGUGUAAAUACAUUAUUUCAAUGCCUUGAAUCUUGCACAAAUCCUAGUGCGAAUGACUCAAAGGUAGAAUUACUAGUCACUAAAUGCAUUUCUGAGGUUUGUGAAAUGUGCCGUCAAGAGUUGACCUCAUACUUGCCCACUUUCACGAAAGUUCAUCGCGCGAUGUUGCAGCGUAAUUCACAUGUAUCAAAUUUCACUCGACAAAAGUUUACCCGAGCACUGGGCUAUAUUAUUCAAUCCUUCAUCAACGAUGGGCCGGAACCCCAAGCGCAGUUUUUGUCACAAAUCAUAGAUGUCAUUGCUGAUGGGAUAAACGAAGCAAAUUCCGAUAGGGAUCAUGUGCUAUGCCUUCUUACGUGCUUUUCUGAACUGGGAUCCGCAAUGGUACAACCAGGGGAGCCUGACGAUCUAUUAUAUCUGUCCCAAUUAUCAGUUUUCCUGAACUUCUGGACCCAGGAUCCGUUACAAUUACGCUCUAAGACAUCCAAUUUACUCGAGCAUGUCAUGUCUCAAUAUGGGAAGGACCCGGAAUUCAUUGAAGUUGGAUGUCUCAUUAUGGGCAAAUCACUAUCUCUUCCAGAGGAGAAACCUCAUUUCUUAAAGUUCCAGAUGCAAGAAAUUAUGGAUUUUAUGGUCAGACGGUCCUCAAAUUGCGAACCUACAACAGGUCUUCCUUAUAUUGCAUAUCACUUGGAAAAAGUUGUGAACCAAUACAAGUCCACCCUUACUCCACAGGACUUCGACUUUAUGCUUUCCGAGUUUUUCUUGGGACAACACGGCCCUGCAGUGGCCGCAGACCCGGAUCUCAGCCAACUCAUGGUCAAUUUCAUCAAUUCAGUCAUGGAUACACGGCCGGGCCUAGCCAUACACUGUGAGCAUUGGACCACGUUCAUCAUGCCCGAACUUCUCAAACUUCUUCCUUCCAAGGAGCGCUUUACGAUCAGCGCUGUUACGAAGUUUUGGACAAAGGUCGUUAAUAACAAGAAGUUCACUCGUAAUGAUGAAAUUACCAUCCGCGAGCAAGUGUCAUCCGUGGGGCUGCAGCUGACUCAACAGACGAUGUACUCAUUGUUUCAUACCCAGCGUUCAGACCUUAACUUCUACUCUGAUCUUCUCCGUGCUCUUGUGGCCCGCUAUCCGCUCCCCUUCAAGCAAUGGCUCAUGCAGGUUCUCCCACAACUUUGUGAUAAUCAGCCCGCACAUCACUUACUCAUAGAAAAACUCUUUAUCACCCGAGGAAGCCGUGCUGCUGCCAAUGCAGUCCUUGAGUGGUGGCUAGACUGUAAUGGAUUACCACACGUGUCUCAAUAG